AUGGAGGAAACAAAGAGAAUUGAGAGCAAUUGCAGUCCCUUGAUUGCAGAGCUUUGGGGCGUUCAUGAAGUUUUAAGGCUGGUGGUGGAGAAAGGCUUCAAGAAUGUGAUUUUAGAAUCGGAUUCUAAGGAAGCAAUUGAUAUUAGUAACAAGGCGAGUAGGAAUAAGUUGGUUAGUGGCAAUCUUGUUUGUAAAAUUCAUGAUUGGAUGCGUAUGUGCGAGAAGGUGGAAAUCAAUCAUGUUUAUCGUGAAGUUAAUGGAUGUGCAAAUCGUCUAGCUAAACAUGGAAAAGAGUUAGGAGUGGGUUAUGUUUUCCUUUUGAAUAUGCCUAGGUGGCUUGUUGAUAAUUUUUCUAGAGAUUCUAAGGGUGUCUUGUACUCUAGAAUCGGGUGUGGUUAG